AUGAAAAGUGAAACCGAAACCCCUACCACCGAACCAGAAGGUUCCAACCCAGGUGUCAAUUACUUCGACAUCUUAGGGCUUAACUCCACAUGGUCCCCCCAUGGAAAGGAUAAGAUGACCCUCUUUGAUUACUUAGCCAACAUUGAGGCUAGAAUCCUGAUGCUUAACGUUCCUUUCGAACCAAUUGCUGUGGCAAGAUGGGUUUCCUACCAAGUCGGUAGUGGUCCGGAAAGAAAACACUUGCACAAGUUGCUCAAAAGACACGAGCAUCAAAUGGAGACAAUGGGUAAGGAUCCAAAUUCCAUCUGGCCUGAAUUUACGAGUUAUGCCAGCCGGUUGCAACAGGGCAAAAACGAUACGACGGAUGAAUUUUUUCGUCUCACCCAAGGAAACCUCCCAGUUAAGGAAUUUAACAAACAGUUCAACCAGUUGUUGACCUAUUCGGUCCCGGACUUCGAUGAAGAUAUCCUUGUCCGGAUGUACCAAGCGAAAUUAUCACCCAAGUUCGCUAGAGACUUUGUGGCUACUCGCCCAGAGACCCUAGGCGAUGCAAUGGAAAUUGCGGUAGCUUGCGAAAGAGCCGCUAACUAUAUGUCUGGAAAUUCUUACAGAAAACCUCAUCAAGCUAAGCCAGCAGGACAAAGACCCUACGCUCCUAAAUCAGGAAGCAAGGUGACCUGUUACAAGUGCAGCAAGGAAGGUCACAUUCUGAGAAACUGUCCAGAAAACAAGAAAACUAGUUCAAAAAACUAG